CGCGUCUUGCCGGUUUCGAGUCACGUGGAAAGGAGUGUCCGGUGGGCAGGUUCAACCGAGCGACCCCCGACGACAACCCAUGACCGCGCGCAGCGACGUCAGCCGCAAGACGAUGGUGCUCCUCGGCGUCAGCGCGAACGAGAUGUCGGCCAUCUUGAAAAAGGUGCAGGAACACAAGGACUUUUCAGCACAUCGUGAGAUCAAGGACAUGAUUCAGUAUUUGAUGUUCCUGGCCCUCUUCAUCGUCGUGACAGUCGACGUCAGCGGCACGGCCGCCGCCGACAGCCCGUACAGGGUCACUGCCAUGCUCAACGCCCAACUCAACGACAAGCCAUUUGCGUACCAAGACGUUCGAGUACGAAAGUCAUUUGACAAGAUCAAGACAGUCCUCGAGCUACACCAGUACCUGACUGGCCCGUUCUACGACGUUGUGUACGCCAACGGCGCGUUCGAUGCAGACCAUGCAUUUCCUCCCGGCGAAUUGUACGCCAAACGCGGAUACAUUGGCGGCAAUAGCCGACUCGUUGGCCCCAUUCGAAUUGGCCAAGUGCGCGUCAAGGCCGAAGCCUGCGGUGGCGUCAUGGCAUCUGUGCCCGGCCUUUUCAACGACCCCGUUCAGUGUUUCAACGCGUACUCGGCAGCGACGGACAGCAUCGAGCCGUUCGGGCACGGCUACAAUUACACGGCGCUGUCGCCCAAGCCAGUCGAGCCACGAUUCUACUCGCACAGCCACCACUGGUAUGGCAGCCCAACGUUUGGCGUGAUGGUGCCGCCGACGGAAGACGAACAGUGUGACGUUCGCACCAAGCAAAACUGCCCUGUGUACGACCUUCUCGCAUCGCUAAAGGAGCACAAAUACUUUGACAAGGCAACGCGGGCCGUGUUUGUCGACUUGAACCUGUACACAGCGAACAUCGACCACACGACAACCGCUCGAUUGUUUGCCGAAAUGCUGCCGGGUGGCGGCGUGACGACUCAAGUGGAGUUUCUCACGUAUCGGUUGUACCCGUGGCAUGACACGGCGGACUUUGUCCAGGCUGGGUGUGAAGGGCUCAUUUACGUGGUGAUCUUGGCGCAAUUGGCGCGGGAAGCGACGGCGGUGCGCCGCGUCGGGCGCAAAUACUUUGGCGAGUUUUCAAACGUGGCUGUCGUCUGCAACGCGCUCUUGUUUCUGUUCGUGCUGGCAUUUCGCGUGUUGAGCUAUGCAACACUCCCGGCCUCGAUCUCGGACGCCGAGUUUGCCAACUUUCGGACGCCAACCAUCUACUUUAGCCUGGCGCGGUCGUGCCAGAGCUUCAACUGCUUCCUGUCGUGGCUCAAGUUGUUCAAGUUCCUCUCAUUCAUCCCGAUGUUCGGACAGCUCACCAAGACGGUCCAACGCGCCGCGGGAAAAGUGCUCGAGCUCGUCGUGAUUUUUGCCCUGACUCUUGUCGGCGCCGCCCUCGCGUUCUACUUGGCGUUUGGCAACUUCGCAGCCAACUACCACACGUUCCUCUCGAGCUUCUACACCUUGCUACACAUUGUGACGGGUGAAAUGUCGCUGGCGGACCUCCGCCUCGCGAAUCGAGUCCUCGGGCCCUUCUUCUUCAUCUCGUUUGUGUUUCUCAUGAUGUUUGUUAUAUUGAACAUCUUCAUCGUGAUCGUAUCAGAAGCGUACACGGACACGAAGAAAGAGCUGCGCCUGAUGGACGAAAUGGCCGUCGAGAGCCUGUCGAAAGCGAUCGCGCACCACUUUCUCCAUGAUUUUGUCUACCGCGUCCCAUUUCUCGGUCCGCGGGUGCUCCAGCCUCUGUUUGCGCGAACGUCGGACGCCAUUGCCAAAGUUAACUUGAACGCCACCGAAGUGACACGGCGACUCCGCCACAGCACCGCGUCGUUGGGCCGAAGCUCGGUCGUAGCCGCCACCGAGGUCAUGAAACAUGAAACAGCUCCUGUGGCAACACCCACCCAGCCGCCCCCUCCCGGCACGGACACGCCCCCAACAGUUCCGGUGGCCUCUGCCAACGUUUCCCCACGCAGGGACAGUGCAGCACAGCUGACGCCGCUGGCCAUGACGUGUCAAGCCAAGCUCCAAGAUAUCGAACAACUCAUGCCGGCCUGCCUGGAGCACCUUCGGGUGGCCAACGACGUAAAUGCGAUGAAAGUGUGGCUAAACCAGUUUCGGACGCUGAGAGCCCAACUAGACGACGCCGUCAAGACAAGCGCUGGUGUUGUUACUUGA